CUACAAUGUGUACAAAAAGAUGUGCUACUUACUUUUGUGAUUUUCAAGAAAUUAUAAACUGAUGUUAAUUAUUGUUUCCAUGUCUUGUUAGGAUCAGUUAUACCUAAUCGUAAGAUUGGUAAUCUCAAUCAGAAUAAAGAGACAAUAAACCAAGUAGACUUUUUUACAAAAUGAAGAUAUGUUCAAUGUACUCGAAAAAACAUAUGCAAUAAUCUGAGUAAUUGUUAGAUUUUUAUUGAUACGAUUGUGAUAUUAUAUAGCAUUAUGAUCUGUUUCUCGCAUAGUAACAAAGACUACGCAAUGAAUGACGAGCAGAAGACAUUGAAAUAUCUGGAAGAAGUUGAGGCCAAGGCUGAAGAGAUAUUGAUGGAUAGGCAGGAAAUUGUUGCACUGGAUAAACGAAGGAAUGAUGAUAGAAUGGGGGAGCGGGCUCUGAGGAAUCAAAAAUCUGAUAAAACUUGGAUGGCUGUUGGACCAUUACUGAUAAAAAUGACGACAAACUCUGCUCAAGAGUUGCUUGCAAAAGAUCAAAGAGAGUGCGAUAUUGAAAUCAACAAAAUUAGGAGUGAUUUGAGAGUUAAAGUGAACGAGCUUCGUGAUUUAGAGCACACUCAGCCUGUUCCAGGACUAAUGUUAAAUCCAAUGUCCCGUCAAGAAAUGUUAGCAGUAAAUCAAGUUCUUGGCAAAAGUCUUUGAAUGGUUGAUGUUGAAAGAGAUUCAGAUCGAAAAGUUUGACGAAGUUAAUAAAGGUAAUAUAAAAUACCUGGUUAUCUGUCACUAGUCAUAGGAAACGAGAAGCCGAAAGAAUUUUAAUUUUUAAGAAAAGAAAGUUGUGGUCAAGGAACCAUUGAGAAAAAUUAUAUACAAGCAAACAUUACACCUUAUUACUUGUUUAUAAUUAUU